AUGCUAGGCAUCCUUCCCCUGCCGGUCGUUGGAAGAUGGCGGUUUUUCUCGCGCGUGUCAGCGGUGACGGUGAAGAAUUAUAAAGCGAGGACCAUCCACUUUGAAGACGUCUUUCUAUCGUCCUGGAAGAUUGCCAUCGUGAACCAGCCACACGCAGCGUUGCGCCUGUCAGUUCCUGACGCAAGUUGGGUACAAACUCUUGCUGCGUGA